UUCCGACCACUCACCACAAUUACGAAUCACGAACAGAUCCGCAUCUGCAUUCCAAUCGAGGUCUCUCUCUCUCGUUCUAUAUACAUAUAAUAUAUAUAUAUCCAUAUAUUCUAGGUUUCGGAAGCGUUUAACGGAUCUGUAUCUCAUCGAAGACCAGUCUUCAUCGGGUCCUAUUAUCAUCUGCUUGUUAGUCGCUAAGUGUUUUUGUUGAUCGAAGCCAUGUCAGGGCCUCAGUGUUGCAGCAAUCCGCCGACUCUCAGCUCAAGCAGCGGAGGCGGCCAUGUGGAGGAGCUCGGAGGCCUCAAAAGCUACGUCUCUGGCUCCCUCGACUCCAAGCACGCCAUCCUUCUGGUUUCCGAUAUCUUUGGAUAUGAAGCUCCAAAAUUGAGGAAACUUGCUGACAAAGUGGCAGCUUGUGGAUUCUAUGUAGUAGUUCCUGACUUCUUCUUGGGAGACCCCUUUAAUCCUGAGCAUUCUGUGAAGCCUAUUCAUGAUUGGCUAAAAGACCAUGGAGCGGACAGAGGAUUUGAAGAUGCAAAACUAGUACUUGAAGCUAUCAAAAGUAAAGGUAUAUCCUGCAUUGGAGCUGCAGGCUUCUGUUGGGGAGCUAAGGUUGUUGUGGAACUAGCGAAGCAUGAUUAUAUUAAAGCUGCUGUGCUGUUGCAUCCUUCAUUUGUUACAGUUGAAGAUAUCCAGGCUGUUAAGGUUCCAAUAUCAGUAUUGGGAGCUGAGAUUGACAAAAUGUCACCGCCAGAACUGUUGAACAAAUUCGAUUCUGCCUUAAAUGAGAAACCUGAGGUUGAUGCCUUUGUGAAGAUAUUUCCGGGGGUUGCACACGGCUGGACUGUGAGAUACGAGGACGGAGAUGAACAUGCUGUGAAGAGUGCAGAGGAGGCCUGUAACGAUGCGCUCGAUUGGUUUGGCAAGUAUCUUAAGUGAAGAUAUCAGAUUGCAAAAUAUUAUUGUCUGGAGAUGGGAAGAACGGCAGAUGAAGUAUUCUAGGUUAUUCAGACUUCUUUCCCAACUCGAUGGCUGUGCAAUAACUUCUUGUUUAGAUGAUAAAACUUGAUGGCGCUGCUAGUUCUUGAAAUUUGCUAGGAUAAUAAAACUUCUUGUUCUCCUUGGUGGUUAUUAAGUUGCAGAUAAUAAGUUGCAUGUA